AUGGACUCUUCCUCCUCAUCACCGCCAAACAACAACAACAACUCCCUCGCUUUCUCUCUUUCCAAUCACUUUCCCAAUCCUCCCUCUUCACACUCUUCCUCUCACCUCUCUCUUUUCAACUCCUUCACUUAUCCAUCUCUUACUCUCACAGGCAGCACCACCGUGGACGCAUCGCCGGAGGCAACCGAUGGCACCGCCAGAGGAACAAUCAACCUCUCCAUAUUCACUGGUGGACCAAAGUUCGAGGAUUUUCUGGGCGGUUCUGCCGCAACAACCACCUCCACGUGUGCACCCCCAAACCUUCCACAGUUCCCCACCGACAACAACAUAUACGAUUCGGAGAUGAAGACAACAAUAGCCGCUUGCUUCCCACGCGGCUUCGCCGCCACCGAACCUCGAAAGCCCUCCCCAAAGAAAACCGUCGACACCUUCGGCCAACGCACGUCCAUCUACCGCGGCGUCACACGACAUAGAUGGACCGGGAGAUAUGAGGCUCAUCUUUGGGAUAAUAGUUGUAGAAGGGAAGGACAAAGUAGGAAAGGUAGACAAGUUUACUUGGGUGGUUAUGACAAGGAAGAGAAGGCAGCUAGAGCUUACGAUCUCGCAGCUCUCAAGUACUGGGGUCCAACCACCACCACCAACUUUCCUAUUUCCAACUAUGAGAAGGAACUGGAGGAGAUGAAGAAUAUGACCAGGCAAGAGUUUGUUGCUUCUCUACGAAGGAAGAGCAGUGGUUUUUCUAGAGGGGCCUCAAUUUACAGAGGAGUGACGAGGCACCACCAGCAUGGCCGAUGGCAGGCGAGAAUAGGCAGAGUUGCCGGAAACAAAGACCUUUACCUUGGCACUUUCAGCACUCAAGAAGAAGCUGCAGAAGCCUAUGACAUUGCAGCUAUCAAAUUUCGGGGACUAAAUGCUGUCACAAACUUUGACAUGAGUCGUUAUGAUGUAAAGAGCAUUGCAAAUAGCACACUUCCCAUUGGGGGUCUAUCUAGCAAGAACAAGAAUUCAGCAGAUUGUCUAUCUGAGAGCAAAAGCCACGAUGCAAGCCGAUCAGAUGAACGAGAUCCAUCAUCAGCUUCAUCCGUAACCUUUGCAUCACAUCAACCUUCGAGCUCUACUUUAAGCUUUGCCAUACCCAUAAAGCAAGACCCUUCAGAUUACUGGUCCAUCUUGGGGUAUCAUAACCCUUCCCUUGAAAAUAGUGGCGUUAGGAACACUACUAAUGUUACUACAACAACCUCUUUUCCAUCUUCCAACAAUGCCACUGCUAGUACCACACCCUUCCACAUGGACUUCUCCACUUGUCCCUCAAACACAAGCAAUGAUAACAAUGCCGCGUUUUUCAGUGGAGGAAUCUAUGUUCAGCAACAAAGUGGUGGUUGUGGAGGUGGAAACAGUGGUUCUCCUUCUACUUCUUCAAGCUGUUCAAUCCCAUUCGCCACGCCCAUAUUUUCUUUAAAUAGUAAUAGUAGUUAUGAGAGUGGUUCUGGUUAUGGAAACUGGAUUGGACCUACCCUGCACACAUUCCAAACCCAUGCAAAACCCAGUCUCUUUCAAACUCCAAUAUUUGGCAUGGAAUGAGCUCAUGCACGAGGUGGGAUGAGAAUCUGUGCAUAUAAUGAUGAAAGGGGAAGGACAGUGGUGAUGGCAUUUUAGCAUGCAAUGCAA